CGGCUUCACAGCACAUUGUGUACGUUGGAAACACAACAAAAUCAAAGUCAAACGUACUGCAGAGUCACAUACUCAACUGAAAAUAAUAUUAUCACACUACAUUAAUAUUUUACUGUUUGUAAAAGAGCAACUCCACGCUGUUCCAAAUGUGUGCGCCAUAUUGUGAGGAUUUUAAAAACGAACAGAGCUCACUGAAAAAAAACAGCUCGUUGGUUUAAUUUUGAUGUGAUGUGUGGUCUCUAUGCAGCACGUAAUUAAUUGCACGUCAUUAACGUCAGCAUUAAGUGAUUUCCCAGUUGGACUGCGGGUGCUAGCCAUGGUGCUGAAACAUACUGAUGCGUAACGGCUGAAACGCUAUGUGCUGCUGUAUGUUGCUUUAUUUGGUGCGUUAUGGCGUUGGGCAUUGAGACAGCUCUAGUAUACUGGUCAACGUGUAGUACAUCAUUUUGGUCUCUAAGUGCCGCUGUUGAUUGUGUGUUGGGGGAAACUGUGAAUAUAGAACCAAGCCUCCUCCAUCUUCACAAUAACGAGGACAACAAAGCAGUGCGCAAAACACGACAUCCGUCGAAGGAGGCAGCCUUCGACUUUUACGCACGGAUAGCAGACUUGUAUUUUUGCUUUUUUGGACAACAUAAUCGAUUUGUUUGGAGGAAUAUUUUGAUACAGCACACAUCUGUGAGGAUUAUAUUGUGUUUCAUGCUCAUCGAACAGGACAAUGGCUUGGCAAGUACUGGCGUUGGCUUUUCUUUAUGGGCUUGGCAUUGUGCAUGGACAAAUAGUUUACUCGGUUCCAGAGGAGAUGCCUAAAGGUUCUAUAGUUGGAAACAUAGCACAGGAUUUGGGGCUAGAUGUAUCGAGGCUUAAAUCAGGGAAAGCUCGCCUUUACACAGGCGACGGAACAGAAUACGUUGAUCUGAUGAAAGACAAGGGGGUUCUUUUCAUCAAAGACAGGAUAGACCGAGAAUCAUUAUGUGGACAGACCACACCUUGUGCGCUUCAUUUUCAAAUAAUAUUAGAAAACCCAAUGGAGUUCUAUAGUGUUACGGUCCAGAUUACAGACAUUAAUGACAAUGCCCCAUUUUUCUCGGUGGACAAAAUGGCGUUUGAGAUAAGCGAGUCUUCUCUCCUCGGUGCACGCUUUACGCUAGAGAAAGCCAUAGAUAGUGACGUCGGAAUCAAUGGACUGCAAGGCUACGCCCUAAACCCAAGUGACAUAUUUGAAUUAGAGACGACCACUCAAACAGAUGAUGUUAAGAGUGUGGUGAUGAUUUUGAAAAAAUCUCUAGAUCGAGAGAAAGAAGAGAGUCUAUCUUUAGUCUUGACCGCCACUGAUGGGGGUGAUCCGCAGAUGUCGGGGACUGUGCAGAUACAUAUUAAGGUUCUAGAUGCCAAUGACAAUGCACCGGUUUGUUCCCAGAGAGUAUAUAAAGUAAGUGUUGUAGAAAAUGCUGCGAAAGGCACAAUGUUAAACACAGUACAGGCGUCUGAUGCAGAUGAAGGAUUGAAUGGGAGAGUGUCGUAUGCUCUGUCGAAACCUACCAGUGAAGUUAAUGGAUUGUUUGAAAUAGAUUAUACAACUGGGGUAGUUAAACUGAUUGGAGAGACAAACUAUGAAAAAACAAAACGCUAUCAACUCGACGUCUUGGCCAAAGAUCAUGGCGGACACUCAGAUACAUGUAAAGUGAUCAUUGAUGUCAUCGAUGCAAACGAUAAUAGUCCAGUUAUAAAUGUAAUGUCCAAACUGGCGACAAUACCGGAAAAUUCUAAAGCGGGCACUGUCGUUAGUAUUCUGAAUAUUCACGACCAAGACUCGGGUGAUAAUGGGCAUGUUCAGUGUAGUAUCAACGACAAUAUGCCAUUUAUUCUUAAGUCUACCUCAAACAACUUCUACAGUUUAGUCACAGACAGUGAGCUAGACCGAGAGAGGGAAUCAGUAUUUAAUAUCUCCGUGACGUGCACUGACGAGGGCUCUCCCCCUCUCUCCAGCAGCAUGACUCUUUCCCUGCAGAUAUCAGAUGUGAAUGAUAACGCUCCUGUAUUUGAAAGGAGCUCAUACGAAGCCUCCAUUCCAGAAAAUAACUCUCCUGGUAUUUCCGUUUUCACAGUCAAGGCAACAGACGUAGAUUUUAAUCAGAAUGCACGAAUUUCAUAUAUGCUGGAGGAGACCACCAUUAACGGAGCCGCAGCCUCCUCCUACGUAUCUGUUAACGCAGAGAGUGGUGUCAUCCAUGCGGUGCGCAGCUUUGAUUAUGAACAGAUAAAGCAGUUCCACUUCCAUGUCAAAGCGCAGGAUGGAGGGUCCCCUCCGUUAAGCACCAACGUUAGUGUUAGAAUAAAUAUCCAAGAUCAAAAUGAUAACGCACCUCAGAUUUUAUAUCCAGUGCAGAGUAGUGGCUCGCUAGUAGCUGAGAUUGUGCCCCGCUCAGCAGAUGUGGGGUAUCUUGUCAGUAAAGUGGUGGCUGUGGAUGUAGACUCUGGUCAGAAUGCCUGGCUCUCAUAUAAACUGCUGAAAGGAUCCGAAAGGGUGCUAUUUGAGGUUGGCACGCAGAAUGGAGAAAUACGAACAGUUAGACAGGUGACUGAUAAAGAUGCUGUGAAACAAAAACUUGCUAUUGUGGUGGAGGACAACGGACAGCCCUCUCGCUCUGCUACAGUGAAUGUCAACGUGGCUUUGGCUGAUAGCUUCCCAGAAGUGCUCUCCGAGUUUACAGACUUUACGCGCGACAAGGAGUACAACGACAACCUGACUUUUUAUUUAGUAUUGGCCCUGGCUGUAGUGUCAUUUCUGUUCAUCGUGUCCAUCAUAGCCAUACUGUCAGUGAAGUGCUACAGAUGGAGACGUGAGCGGAUGUUUUAUAAAUCCAACGGGAACCUCCCCGUCAUUCCAUACUACCCGCCUCUUUACGCAGAUGUUGGGGGCACUGGGACUUUGCAGCACGUUUACAAUUAUGAGGUUUACGGAACAACUGACUCCAGGAGGAGUGAUGUUAAGUGUCGUAGACCUUGCAAUGAAAGUAUUGUCAGCCUGGAUGCUGCCGGAACACUACCGCAUGUCAAUACGGAUAAACUCCUCAUGGACGACCAGGUGAGUUUGCUUCUGUAA